UAACUGGGAUGCCGUACGCUUGACCUUUGACAAGUAAACAUGGUCGUGCCGGUUGUGGAAGAUUUUUUAGAAAACGAAGAUGAGAACAUUUUGUAUGAUUUGCUUAUUAACACUGAAUGGCCUCUUGAGAUUGAGCAUCAGCCGAGAGGGAGCAGGGCUCGUAGUUCAUCAUCUAUCAUCACAAAGGCAGUAACAGGUCUUUCUGAUUUCAUCUUUCACUAUGUGUGGUACAGUCCAGCCAGGUCUUUAUUGCCACCUGGAUUGCUUCACCUUGUUAACAAGCAGAUGUCAUGGCAGAUCAUUCUUGCAAGUAAUGGAAAGCUUUUGGCCAUUGUUGAAGACCUUUGUGUUGAAAUCAGGUCUGCCCGGGAUGAUUUCAGCUCUGUCAUAGGAAAGUGCCAAGUGCCCAAGGACCCUAACCCACAGUGGAGGAGAGUAGCAUGGAGUCAUGACUGCACACUUCUGGCAUAUGCUGAAAGUACUGGGACAGUACGAGUGUUUGACCUAAUGGGCAGUGAGCUGUUUGUCAUUCCACCGGCUACCAGUUUUUCAGGAGAUUUAUCCUAUGCAGUGGCGGGACUGAUAUUUUUGGAAUACAAGGCCAGUGCACAGUGGCUCGCAGAAUUACUAGUUAUCAACUACCGUGGGCAGCUGAAGAGUUAUCUUGUUAGUGUGGGAACUAAUCAGAGUUACCAAGAAAGCCACAGUUUCAGCUUCAGCAGCCACUACUCUUGGGGCAUAUCAUCAGCAAUUUAUCUUCCAAGUUACAGACUACUGCUGAUCGGUGGCUUUGAAUCAAAUGAAGAUGGAGCAUCUAAAGCAACCAGCUGUGGCCUAACAUCUUGGAGAGUUCUGUCGGGGUCACCUUAUUAUAAACAGGUCACUAGCUAUGAAGAUGAUGUCUGUGCAGCUCAGAGGAGAAAAGGUUUACUGAGGAUGGUCAGCUUUAGAUUUUAUGGAGGACGGAAAAGGGAGCAGGACGGUAUUUUUAAGAUGAGCCUCUCUCCGAAAGGUACUCUGUUAGCUGCAGUUCAUUUCUCAGGCCGACUUUCAAUUUGGGAAUUACCUUCUCUCAGGUUAAAAAGAGAAUGGACUCAAGAUUCACAGCCAGGUUAUGAUGACAUCAACCCUGAGUGGCGGUCUUCAAUUGAGAAGCGGAAAAAGAUAAAAGACAAAGAAUCGUUUUACCCCCUCAUUGAUGUAAAUUGGUGGGAGGAAAAUGCAGUCAUCUUGGCUCGGUGCUCUGGCGCUUUGACAGUGUCAUCAGUGAAGUCUUUAAGGAACCUUUUGGGAAAGUGUUGUGAAUGGUUUGAGCCAUCCCCACUGGUUACUGCUGCUCAUGAUGGAGGGUUUCUCAGCUUGGAGUGUGAAAUUAAAUUGGCUCAGAAGAGGGCCCGUCUUGAAAGUUGUGCAAGUACUGAAGAGGAGUGGGAAGAUGAGUCUGACUCAGAUGAAGAAUCCUCUGCAAAGGCCAGAUACUGGGGCUAUGUAAAACAUGGUCUGUACUACAUAACUGAGAUGGAGCGAUUUGCUCCACCUCGUAAACGUCCAAGGACCAUCAGUAAAAACUAUCGUCUUGUGAGCUUGCGAUCUACUACCCCAGAAGAGUUGUAUCAGAGAAAGAUUGAUCAUGAAGAAUAUGGAGAAGCAUUGUCUUUGGCCCAGGCAUAUGGCCUAGAUACAGAUCUGGUCUAUCAGAGACAGUGGAGGAAGUCUGUUGUGAACAUUGCUUCCAUUCAGGACUACUUGAGCAAGAUUAAGAAACGUUCCUGGGUUCUUCAUGAGUGUGUUGAAAGAGUGCCAGAAAAUGUGGAUGCUGCUAAGGAGUUACUUCUGUAUGGGUUGAAAGGCACUGAUCUUGAAGCUCUCAUAGCUAUAGGAAAAGGAGAAGAUGGUGGCAGAUUUAUACUGCCUGGAGAUGUGGAUAUAGAUGAACUGCCAUAUGAUGAUUUUCUGUCACCUGUGGAGGAAAUGGAACGCCAAAAGGAAAGAGAAAUUAAAAAGAAGCAAGAACUUCUGAAAUUGUUGGACUUCUCAAAGUUGACACUAGAACAGAAAGAAGUUUGCCGAUGUAGAUUGAAGUUACUGACAUACCUGGAUCGUUUGGCAACCUAUGAGGAAAUUCUUGGAGGACCACAUGCAGCUGAGGAAAGAUAUGAUGCAGAAUUUUUCAAGAAAUUUAGAAAUCAGAAUAUUGUCCUUUCUGCAAGAAACUAUGCAAGGGAAGGCAAUGUGCAGGCUCUAGCUAUUUUGUUCACCUUCCAUGGAUCAGAACUUUGUGAACAUCGUCUGGCUCUACUUUCUAACUUUCCUGAGACAUGUUCCCCACAUGAAUAUGCUGUUUUGCUUCCUGAGGCUCAAUAUAACAGUACUGGUGAUUUGGUGAACAUUCCUUGGCAUGAGAAAAGGCACAGAGAAAGAGACUUCUGUGAAGAGCCAGAAUGCAGAAAAAUAAUUGAGCCCAACCCCCUGGAUGAAGCAGCAUUUCUGUAUGAAGAAGAGAAGAAACAUUUGAAAUAUAGAACUUCUAACCCAACAGUAGAAUUACUUGCAGACUGGUAUCAGAACAGGGCAGAAGAGAUUGAGAGCAAUUCCAGACAGGUUGACUGUGCACUGUCUUUGAUUCGCCUUAGUAAGGAGAGAAAUAUUCCUGGUUUAGAUGCUCUCUGUGAGGACCUUAUUACACUUGAGACAAUUGUGUAUGAGGCACAAAGUGAUAUUACUCUGACUUUAAAAGAAAUGCAGCAGAUGAAGGACUUGGACAAGCUAAGGCUAUUGAUGAAAAAUUCAUCUGAGGAAAGGUAUGUGAAAAACGCUUAUCAGUGGAUGAUCCCAUUCCUUCAUCGCUGUGAAAGCCGAACACCAGGGUUAGCAAACCUGCUUCUAAAAGAGCAUUUGAUAACCAUGGCAAAGGAUGACCUGAGUUUUCCACUUAAAAUAUUCCAGAACUCAAAACCAAAUUGCCAGCAGAAGCUUAUUUCUGACCAAGACCAGUUAAUGAGUAUAGCACUGGACUGCAUUUACAGCUCAGAACGAGAUAAUCAGUUGCCUUUAUGCUAUGAUAUACUGGAGUGCCUCCCUCAAAGAGGUUAUGGACAUGAAACCGAGAUGACUAGAAUUCUGCAUGACAAAGUGGACCAGCUAGAACGCCAUCUCAGUGUUUCUGAGGUUUUAGAAAAACAUGGGCUUCAGAAACCAAUUUCCUUUGUAAAGAACUCCGAGUGCAGCAUAGAGGAAGCACGCCAGCUCAUGGUGAGGUUGACGAGGCAUACUGGACGCAAACAACCUCCUGUUAGUGAAGCCCAUUGGAGGGGCUUGCUUAAAGAUAUGCUGGACAUGCAGCAGAAUGUUUACAAGUGCCUGGAACCUGAUGCCUGCUAUGAGAUAUUUACAGAGAGCUUGCUCUGCUCAAGUCGCCUGGAGAAUAUCCGCUUGGCAGGGCAGCUGAUGCACUGCUGUUCUGGGUUGAGCAGCCUGCAUGCUAGUGUCACCUCCCGAGGCAAACGGCCCUCUAAGGUUAACUAUGAAAAAAGUGUUGAAUUGGUUCUGGCAGCUGCAAGAGAGUACUUCAAUUCAUCAACAAACUUAACAGACAGUUGCAUGGAACUCGCCAGGUGCUGCCUGCAGCUUAUCUCUGAUUGCCCUCCUGUAGUGCAAGAAGAACUUGAUCUCAUCAGUGCUGUCAGUCAGCUUGAGGAAUUUGGAGUAAAGAUUCUGCCUCUGCAAGUUCGUUUACGCUCUGAUCGCUUGAGCCUUAUCAAAGAGUGCAUUUCUCAGUGUCCGACUGCUUAUAAACAAUCUGGAAAACUCCUUGUCCUUGCUGAUCUUCUGAGAGUUUCAGGAGAUGACCAACCAAGAAGAAAAGGUCAAGUUUUGAUGUUACUGGCUGAGCAAGCUCUUCGGUGUCAGGAUUACCGGGCAGCCAAUAUCCAUUGCCAGGAACUCAUGGCAGCAGGUUAUAGUGAUUGCUGGCAGGUGUGCAGCCAGCUGGGAGAAUCAGAGGGUUACCAAGAUCUUGGAACUCGGCAAGAACUCAUGGCUUUUGCACUCACUCACUGUCCGCCAAAUGUCAUUCAGUCUCUUCUGGCAUCAAGCAGCUGUCUGCAAACCCAGGUCCUUUGUCAAGCAGUUAAUUAUCAAAUACAGCCAGCAGAAGGAACAGAUGUCACACACAGUUGCCAUACUGUGCCUCCUACCUAUCAGCAACCAUUUCAGGGUGACAACAAGACUUCCAUUAGCAGUUCAUCAGACCUCCUACACCGGACUACAGCCAAAACAAUGGAAAUGUUAUCUAGUACAACCACUACAACUAAAGCAGUACUGUAUGCUGUUAGUGAUGCUCAGUGGUGGAAGAAGUCACUAACAUAUCUUCGCCCUUUGCAAGGUCAGGGAUUGGGAGAAGCUUUGAAGGGCAUGGCCGGAGCUAAUGCAGAUUUGGAAAGGCAAGGCUGUCAUCCUUUCUAUGAGUCUAUUAUUCAGAAUUCUGUCAUCGAUAAAAGUGAAGUAACUUAUACAAGCUACCAUCAUAACCCCUUAGAAAACUUUGCGGAAGUCCUGCUGAGGACAGGAAAACUCGCAGAAACUAAAAGCGAAGGAGAAGUAAUUUUCCCAGCUACAGAAGUUCUUCUUCAGUUGGCUAAUGAUGCUCUUCCCACUGAUAUGACCUUGGCUGUCGCUUACCUUCUUGCUUUGCCACAGGUGAUAGAUGCUGAUAAAUUUUUUCAGAAGCAGGCCCAUUCAGCCUUAUUACUUCAGCUGGCUGCCUAUUACUAUGCAUUACAGAUUUAUGCGCGUUUAGUUCCUUGUGUCAAGGACAGCUGUCAUCCCCUCUAUAGGACUGACCCCAAAGAACUGAUCACUUUAGUCACAAAGGACAUUGCAGCCCAUGCUACAGUUGAUUGGCCCCACGACUGCAUAUUGCUGAUCGAACAGCUGCUUCACUACAAUGAAUGCUUGACAGAUUUGACCCAGGCACAGAUCUUACAGGGCCUUGGAAAAGGAGUCGAUGUUCAACGGUUUGCUGCAGACAGCCAGUAUAAGAGAGAAACAAUCCUUGGCUUGGCAGAGACACUUGAAGACAGUGUGUUCAGAAUCUCUCUGUCCCUGGCUCAGCGCUACAAUAUCCCUUUGUGGGAAAUUUAUAUGAUACACCUGGAAUUUCUUUUCACAGACAGUGGGCUUACCACAAGUGAUAUUGAAGAGAGGAUACAGCUUCUUGAUCUGUUUGAUACACUGAAAACCAAUCCUGAAUCUUUCUACGAUCACAUGAUCAAAUAUGUUUAUUCGAGUAUUUGUGGCACGGAUCAUUCUCGUUUGCUUUACUUCUACAGUCUUCUUGAACAUUGUGGGUGCUCAGAAUUUGUGACGCACAGUAUAAAGCCUGAUACCCACGUAGAGCUGCUGAAGAAACUUAAGAUAGUCGCACCAGGUCUAAAUUAUAAAAAAUUAACAGAUGAGGAAUCAAACCCUUUGGAAGUGUUGGAACCCGUUCUUACCAGUCAGAAUGUUUUAUCCAUUUCCAAACUGGCACCCAAAAUACCAAAGAAAGGUGGAAAUAUGUUGACUUCUAGUUCCGUGCAUGCAGUAUGGCUGCAGAAACUCUUUUGGAAUGGAGAUCCCCAGCUCAUUACAGAAAAACCUAACACUGAAUCUCAGUGGUUACAUGUGUAUGAUAUUUGUGCGAAAUACUUUGACAGGCUGGUCCCAGCAGAUCUCAUUGGAUUUAUUGAUAAUAUCUCUUUCUCUCUGAAAGCAGCUAGCAUGCUGACUACUGACACUCGUGUGGAAAUGACUAAGAAAGCUAUAAGGGCAGUCAAACAGAUCAUUGAAAAGCCAAGAAAAAAGGUUUCAGAGGAAGAUGCACAACCUGCAGAAUAUUCCCUAGUCAGUUACGAGGAGGCUUUGAAUCAUCUGCAGCAGUCACUUGCUCAUUUGGAAACUCUCAGUCACAGCUUUAUAGUCUCCCUCAAGAAAAACCACCAGGAGUAUGGUUUGCUGUAUGACCUUUCAAGAUCUGAAAAAAAGAAAAUUCAUGAUCUGGUGGUGAGCUUGUGUGUAGAUGGACAGUCCUUAGACAUGAUCAAACAACUGUUAGAGAUAUCUGCUAUGCCGCUGGGCAUCUCUCCAAAGGAGGUAGUGAAGGAUGCUGUAAACAAGGUUAUAACAUCCCUAAGUGGUACUGCUUCAGAUUUACCAUCAAAUAAAGACCCAUUACGUGUUCUUGAAGGUAUUGUUACAGCAGUACAUUCCAGUGUUGAAAGCGGGGAGAAACUUGUUUCUUCUGAUGACCUGUUGGCAUGGCUGAGACCUUUCUGUGGUGAUCCCUCAUUGCCAGUGAAACCUCGUAUUGAUGUUCUUCAGAUUCUUGAGCAAGUUUUUAAUUUAAGUGAUGAAGAUAAUAAACUGUUGGUAUUCUUCAGGACCCAGGCCGUGCUUAAAACAAGCUGGCCAGAGAAACAGGUGGAGAUAACUGAUGUUGACAAUGAACAGAAAAGAUAUCACUUAUUUCUAGAGCUGUUGCACUCCAGUACCCAAGAAACAGAGUUUCAGCAUCUAGCACUACUGUUGCAGGCCUGGCCCCCUAUGAAGAGUGAAGCACUAACAAGAGCAAAUGGGAAUCCAUGGGUUAAGUUAGGAGCGGCCAUGUUAUCCAUUUGCCCUGCUGAACAGAAAGAGAGUAGAAGUAAAGAGGUUCUGAAGAUGUGCCGAUCUCUCUACAAUACAAAACACAAGUUAUCUGCAGAGUGUGUGAAGCAGAUAUGUUGCCUUCUGAUAGACUGCAGUUUCUUACUGCCAGCCCUGAAACUCUUUGUAGAAAGUCAUGACCAGGAUCUGCACACCCUGGCACUGGAGCAGAUAAAAGUCAUCACUAAGGUUGAUGAUAUGACCUGUGAUACAGAGCUUCUUUCACUGCUUUUGGAUGCUAAGUUAGUUGCAAAGUGCGUAUCAACCGUUUAUUAUUGUCAUCUUAUUAAGUGCCUGUUGAGUCAGGAGGAGGAAGAGGCACGGUGGAAUGUGGAAGAAGUCGCUCAGCAGCUACAGGAUGCUGGAUAUACUAUAGAGGCAGGGUCUCUGCUGCUGUCUCACAGGGACACUCACCCAUCAUUACUUACAUUCAGCACUGCCCUUGGCAUUGUAAAAAGAUGGCUUUGAACACUGUAUGUUUGAUAAAUUGGUACUUGCCCUUCAUUUAUUGUUUGCAUUUAGCUGACAUUAACAAGAAGAGAUGCCUGCAUACAUGGGCAGUAGGAAAAGCUGUGACGCACUACUUCUCGAAACACUUAAAGAUGCUUUGUAAAUAUUUAUAUUAGAGGCAAGCUGAAAUCAGGAUUAGGACAAACUGUUAAGUAAUACAGUUGAGGAGGCAUUUAAUAAAAAAUGAGAAAAUGACUUAUUAUUCUGAAGUUUUGCCACGUGAUUAUUUGUCCUCUAUCAGUGUAUUAACAACAUUUCAAAUGUUAAUAUCACUUUCUAAAACUGAAAUGAAUAAAGUAUUUAUUUUUAGAUAUUCA